GCAGAGCCAGUCCAGCUCCCGGUUUCGAAGUGCCUCAUCGCAGAGAUGAAGGGCCGAUCUCCAUUCUCUCUCCUUCAGAAAUCUGUUCCCGCCGCCGCCGCUCUUCUUCUCUUCUUCCUCCUACUCACCGUCUCCCCUCCCUCCAACUCCAGUUAUCACUCUCUCUUCCUCUCACUCUCCUCCAACGACACCGCCGCACAGCAUCUACAAGCCCUCACCCGCCGGCCCCACGUUGCGGGGACUGACGCCAACUCCGUCGUCGCCGCUUAUAUCCUCAGCAUUCUCUCUGCCGCCUCCAUUCCCGCUCGCAUCGUCCCCUACCACGUCCUCCUGUCGUACCCGCUUCAUCGCUCCCUUUCUCUUCUCCCCAAUGUCUCUGCCCCCGUCGUCAGUUUCGAUCUCUCCCAGGAAAUAUACCCCGGCGACCCUUUCGCCGAGGUCGCGGCUGAGGUCCUCCCCACAUUCCACGCCUACGCUCGCUCCGGCACCGCCACUGGCCGCGUCGUCUACACUAACUACGGCCGCGUAGAAGACUUCGCUAAACUUAGGGCAAUGGGAGUGGAGGUUGCCGGAAACGUAGUUCUCGCGCGGUCUGGUCUCGUGUACCGCGGGGAUAUCGUGAGGAACGCGCAGAUCGCCGGUGCGGUGGCUGCGAUACUGUAUGUCGAUGCGAAAGACAAUGGAGGGCGAACGGGAAAGUGGUUUCCGGAAGCAAGGUGGUUGCCGCCAAGUGGUGUGGAGGUUGGUAGCGUUUACCGCGGCGCUGGGGAUCCGACGACUCCGGGGUGGGCUAGCGUUAGCGAGUGCGAGCGGGUGAGCGUUGACGAGGUGGUGGCAAGCGGCGUGAUGCCGGCGAUUCCGUCGCUUCCGGUGUCCCCGAGAGACGGGGAAGCGAUUUUGGGGACCAUUGGUGGCCAGGUGGCGCCGGAGGAUUGGCAGGGCGGGACCGGAGCUCCGGUGUACCACCUCGGGCCGGGACCUGGAUUACUCAACCUUACCUACUUGGGAAAUGAAACCGUUAUGAUGAUCCAAAAUUUAAUAGCUGUCAUAGAAGGGAAGGAAGAGCCUGACCGAUAUGUACUUGUUGGUAACCAUUAUGAUGCAUGGACAUUUGGGGCUGUUGACCCAAAUAGUGGAACUGCUGCUUUCUUAGAGGUUGCCCAAAGAUUCGCCAAGAUGCAAAAGGAGGGAUGGAAACCUCGAAGAACCAUUAUCUUGUGUAGCUGGGAUGCAGAAGAGCACCACCUGAUAGGUUCAACAGAAUGGGUGGAAGAUAACAGAGAGAUGUUAGCCUCAAGAGCUGUAGCUUAUCUGAACAUGGACUAUGCUGUAUCUGGUCGUGGAUUCCAUGCUUCUUCAACCCCACAACUUGAUGAACUUCUCAAAGAGGCAGCAAAAAUGGUUCAAGAUCCUGAUAAUUCAUCACAGACUCUAUAUGAAUCUUGGGCUUCUACAGAUUCUCCUCUGAUACGGAGGUUAGGUGGUGGUGGAUCAGAUUAUGCGGCUUUUGUUCAGCAUGUCGGUGUCCCUUCAGUUGACAUGAGGUUUGCAAGAGAUUAUCCUGUCUAUCAUUCCAUGUAUGAUGACUUUUUAUGGAUGCGGAAAUUUGGAGACCCGUUGUUUCAUAGGCAUGUUGCAGCUGCAAACAUUCUGGGUCUGGUCGCUUUAAAGUUGGCUGAUGAAGAGUUCUUGCCUUUUGAUUACAUUUCCUAUGCAAAUGAGCUCCAGAAAAGCACAAAGGUUUUAGAAAAUGAGUUGCUGGGAAAGCCAGUGAGUUUUGCGCCAUUACAGGAGUCUAUAGAAAAAUUCAGGAGGGCGGCUUCCAAAGUAGACAGCCAGAGGAAGGAAUUGGAAAGCAAGGAUUUGCUUUCAAAAUGGAAGAAAGAUCCUUUGAAAGUUCGAGAACUCAAUGAUAGGUUGAUGAUGACAGAGAGGGCAUUUACUAAUCGAGAGGGCCUCUUUGGAAGGCCCUGGUUCAAGCAUUUGGUAUAUGGACCAUCAAAUCAUAAUGUGUAUUUAUCAAGGGCCUUUCCAAGCAUAGAUGAUGCCAUUGAAGGGGUGGAAGUUUCAAAAGGAUUGGGUUCAUGGAAAUUGGUUCAACGUGAAGCUUGGAGGGUUGCUAGAGUAAUCACUCAAGCUUCUCGUGUCCUUAAUGGGGAGCUAACAUGAUCAUAAAUUUCUUGGACACAAAAUUUCAUAUUCUUCACAACAAAAGUUAUGAAUAAUGCAUCAGAAAAGGAAAGGGAUUGUUACUCAAAUUAGUUUUCAUUCCCCUGUUAAACAUAUUAUUAUUAUUAUUCUAACAAUGUUUUCAUGUUAUAUUAAAGUUUGUUUUUCAUCCUUUAUCAUUGGUCAUUGGAAGCUUUGCAUUGUCAUGAGU